CACGGACGUCGCAGCAGCGCGAGAAGAAACAACCGGAAGCGGCAGCGGCGAAAGCGGAAGUGCAAAAAUGGAGGCGGCCGUGUUCAUUUCAUCCCUCGUCGACUGCUGUGCUUUAAUAUUUCUCUCCGUGUAUUUCAUCAUCACUCUGUCUGAUCUGGAGUGUGAUUACAUCAAUGCUCGCUCCUGCUGCUCCAAACUCAACAAAUGGGUCGUUCCUGAGAUGAUCGCUCAGGCUCUGGCCACGCUCCUGAUGCUGGGCUCCAUGCACUGGUUUGUGUUCCUGCUCAACCUCCCCGUGGCGUCCUGGGACGUUUACAGAUACGUGAAGGUUCCUGUGGGGAACAUGGGAGUGUACGAUCCCACAGAGAUUCACAACAGAGGCCAGCUCAAGUCCCACAUGAAGGAAGCCAUGAUCAAACUGGGCUUCCACCUCCUCUGCUUCUUCAUCUACCUGUACAGCAUGAUCCUGGCUCUCAUCAACGACUGACCCACAACCGUCUUCACAACACAAACUGCCAAAUCAUGAACUGGCCUUUACAUAUUGUGAAUAAACUCCAUGCAUCCCAAUCAGAAGAUCAGCCCAGCUCAUGUGCGGACCCCAAACCCCCAGUGCAGGCGCGUGUGUGCCCCUCACUGGGGUUUCUCAGGGCUGAAGCGUCAGUGAAUCACUCCAUGUCCGUUUGACCAGCAGCUGUACACUAAACACGCUCCGUUUGAUUCUGAACUUAACAAAUCAGAAUUGCAAAAAAAAAAAAAAAAAAGUCUGAUUUCUUAGAAUUGUGAGAAACUGAUAUAAUUUUAUAAUUCUGAAUUUAUAUUUCAUAGUUACACUUUCUGCUCAGAAUCGCGAGAUUGCACCAGACAAUUGAGUUCGUAUUGUACAUUUCGAAUAUUGUUUUUCACGUACAGCAUUGAGAUAAAAAGCCUAAAAUGCAAAUAUUCCAAUUAUGUAAUGAAAAAAUAAAUACUAAACUUGCAAUUGCUGAAUGGCAAGAAAAAAAAAAAAAGUCUAGUUUACAUCUAACAAUUGACUUUUUUUUUUCUUUCCCAGAAUUGCAAGAUACAAAGUCUGAAUUAUGAGAUAUAAACUACGUUUGAUUUUUUUUUAUCCCUUGGCAGAAACAAGCCUCUAUACAUUCACACACCAAAACCAAAAGAAAAAAUGUUUUACGUAAAGAUAACGAUGCCUAUUUAGGACCAAACCUUUUGCUAUAUAUCAUUAUUUUAAUGAAAAUUAAGCACAUUGUCAAUAAUGUAAGGUCUUUUUUUUCAUAAUUCUUAUUACACUCCAUGCUUGUUUUGUUUUGAAAUAGAAGUUAAAUGGGUAGAACUAUUACUGUGAUGCACAUAUAUUACCAUUUACUUUUCUUUUUUUUUUUUUUUUUACAGCAAUGAGAAACUGUUUUUUGUUGCAUUGCAAUAAUAAUGACAAAUUUGAAUCAAAAUGUGCUUAACUGUCAUCUAAACAUCAAUGUAAGAAACAUUAUUUUUGUUUUAAUGAGCUGGACAUGUUCUUAAUAAGUUUCAUGAUUUUUUUUUUCCCUCAUCCACUUGCAUGUUUUUGUAGACUGUCUGUUUUGGAAGCGUUGUCUGUGUAUGUGAACUCGUUUACAGAUGAAUGGCGCGUGACUCAAAGGAGCUCUAGAAGAACCAGAACAAUGUGUUCAUCACAGCCUCUGAAUCACAUCUUCCUGCUAAUGACAUUUCAGUGGCUUGUUUUGAGCAGAUAUCAUUGAUUUUUGUGUCUCCUGCUUUAUAUGUUCAAGAAUGAGUCAGAGUUUUAUCAGAUAUUUGAUGAUGUUAAAGUGUCUCAUCCAUGUAGGGGUUAAUCUCACAAAACCUGGACCCUAAAAUCACAAGAAAUAAAUGAUAGUUUGUUUAAAGAAACUGAAGGGAAUGUUUAGAACCAUUAAGAUGUUUUUUAAUGAAAAUUAAGCAAAUUUUCUUGCAGAAUUUUCAUUAGUGCGUCUCCGUUUUACUCUCGGUUUCUGUUUUAGUUGUCCAGAUUCAUCAAAUUUAAAUCAUAAAAAAUGUAUAUUUGCUGUGCUGCCUCUUGAUUUAAAAUCAAAGCUUAAUUGUCAACGAGAUACUAUACAAAAAAUCUAAAUGGUCCUUAAAAACAGGUGUAAUUUUCUUUACACAAUAACUUUUCUCUGAUAUUGAAUUGUGGAUUCACCAAUGCUGAAGUUAAUGAAUGCUGGGUAAGCAGCGUCACGUGAUCUUUGAGGAGUUUUAUCAGUCAGUGUUCUGCGUUGAAUAGCACUGUUCAACAGGUGUUCAUGUCGCUUGAUUUGGGAGGGUUUGGUUUGGUUUGUAAGCAUGUGAGAUCUGUCAUCGUUUUUUAGUUCUUUUGAAUAUUUGGGUUUAUGGGGAUUAUUAAAUAAAAGGAUUAGCAUGAA